GUUGGGCUUGGAUGGGGUUGGGGCAAAGGGUCCAUUCCGAUCAGUAAGUGAGGACAGUUCUAUCUUUGUAUCUCCUGUGACCCUUAUCACCUCAAACAAAACUGUUGCAGAACGACUAGAAGAUGUUGCCCCUUUUCUUUCUUCUAAUCCUUCACCCUCUGAAGCACACUAUGCUCGAACAGCUUGAUCGUAAUGGAUCACAUGGAAGAUCCAAGGGGAUCGAGCUCUCGUAGGGUACGACAACAAGAUGCUAAUUCCAUGCCAAUACCUUUUCCUCUCAAGAGCGGAACAACCCAAUCACAGAGCGCUGCCCAAAAGGAGACCUCUGCAACCUCAAGUCUGAGGACAUCGGCUUCUGACUCUCGGAGAGCAACUCGCCAGCAUGUUCUCUCUGUUUGUAACUCUCUUUCCGACAAAACAGUUGCAAAUUGCAACAGAAGAUUCUGGUUGCAGAAUGUAGAAGGGGAGGCAAAGAAACUAUGGAGAUUGGGGGAAGAGAUGAGGGCGGUCUUUAAGGGCAGUGAAGAGGAGAUCGUGGAGAGGUUGAUCGAGAUGGAGAAGAGAGACCAACAGGGCUGGACAAAGAUGACCAGCAUGGCUCGCGAUGGGGAAGAGGAUGGUGCUUAAUGAAGCUCCUCAGCUUCUAUGUGCGGGGGAUGGCCAAUUGAACCAACUAGCGGUGCAUCCGGAGAGAUCAUUGUGAAGGAAUAGGUGGAUAUGGCUCUUUUUCAGGAAACAAAACGGAAACGACCCGUUUCAAUAAUUAUAUUUUUUAUUAUUAGAAAAUAGAAAAGAAAA